AUGCUUUCUGUUCCAAACGAAAGCUCCUCCAGGAAAUACCAUCCGCCGCUCAGUCCUGCCUCCUCGCACGGCAAGUUUUCAAGCGCUGCCAGCUCGCGCGAGGCGCUGCUCACCACGUCCUCCAACGACAUCCCUUUGCGAAAGCUUAUCGCUGCUGCUUCUUCCUCGAAGCCUUCGAGACCUCUCCAUACUUCCACAUCCAAUCUUUCCCUCCAAAGCUGGCCUGGGCAUCCGCGGCAACCACCACAAAACCAAGGCCGCCGCAUCAAUGACCAUACUAUUGCUCUUUCGGUCACGAUAACACUUGCAAUACUCGUACUCAUCGGUGUCCCGCUGGGAGCUAUUCUGCCGCAGAAAUAUGUUGUGCCACUACCCAUUAACGUCCUUGUUCCAUUCUAUGUGUAUCCUGACCAUAAUUCGUGGGAAAGAAUGUUCCAGGCCGCCAUCAAGCACCCGGAAUCUAACUUUACCAUCAUACUCUCCGUCGACCACGGACCCAGCGCCUCAGUCUGGCCGCCAGGAAUAUACCUUGCCCCCAUUAAGCGGCUGAACAUGCUGCCCAACGUCCAGGCGAUUGGAUACGUUGAUACCGAGUACGGAUCACGCGAUGGCGAGAAAGUGCGAAAAGAUAUAGCGACAUACGCGGGGUGGAACAACACCGAUCUUGGGAUAUCGGGCAUCUUUUUCGACCAUACACCAGCUGAGGACGUCAACGAUGCGCGGAUAUAUCUGAAGAAUGUCAGCGCGACUGUAAGACACACCGAGGGUUUUCUAGAGCCUACCAUUGUCGUUCACAACCCAGGCAAAGUGCCCAAUGCGAAUAUGACCAAUUACCAAGCCGAUGUGACGGUGGUGUUUGAGGGCGAGUACAAAAGCAUGCCACCAAGAGAGGAGACCAAAGCUAAGCUGCGGGACCUGGGCGGCAGACGCCAGGAUUACGCGGAGAUCAUACACUCCGUUCCGCGGACUAUGAGCAGAGGAGGUAUCAGGAAGAUUAUCAACGGGGAGAGGAGGUACGUUGGAUGGUUGUAUGUUACAGAUCGAAUGGGGGAUAAUAAGUAUGAGUGGUACAGCGAUAGAUGGGAAGAGUUCUUGGAUCUGACAUUUUGAUUACACAUUCACU